UCAAGUGCGCUCUCUCAUACAAACAUUUAACAUUUGUGAGGUGCCAACACAAUCAAUAGAUCACCUUCUCAUACCACCAUGGAUCACCGCACCAUAUCAGUUUUAUUCCCCUUUUAUGAUUUACAGUAAGUCAAAUUUUGCACCCAUCAUAUAUCAACAACUAUUCAGUUCUCAUAGUCACCAAUAUUCUGAGUAUAUGCCUAUUUUUACUGACGGUUCAAAAUCUGUUGGAUAUGUAGGCUGUGGUGUCAAAAUCGCUGAUGACACGUAUAGCUACAGGAUCCCAGAUAUUUGUUCUGUCUUCACUGCUGAUGCAGUUGCCAUCCUUUUGGCAUUGCGACUGAUUUCAUCACGCUCUGAACGAAAGUAUUUUAUAUACUCUGAUAGUAUGAGCGUAUUGAAGCAGUUAGAAACGUUUCGCAGUAAUACUCAUCCAAUUUUAAGCUUCAUCAAUCAUUUAUUAAUCACCCUUCAUAAGAAAGGAUUUGACAUUUUAUUUUGUUGGAUACCAAGUCACGUCGGUAUACCAGGAAAUGAGUUGGCUGAUUCUGCAGCACGAUCUGCCACUACUGCCUUAACAAUUUCUGUACCAUACUCAGAUAUUAAAUUACAUAUUCGGCAGAUUAUCGUCUCUCUUUGGCAACAACAUUGGGAUCUUCAAACUCAAAAUAAACUAUAUAAUAUAAAAUCUGAUCUCAAUCAUAUACCAGUAUUGCAUCGACGUAAUGCAGAUGUAAAGCUUACUCGUCUCAGAAUCGGCCACACUCGACUCACCCAUCUUCAUCUAUUGUUUGGAGAACCUCCUCCCAAAUGCGACACUUGUAACGUUUUACUUACGCUUCAUCACAUUUUGACUAUUUGUCCCUCUUUUAACCAACAUCGUAUUACCUUUUUUAAUAGCACUAUUUUAUAUAUGAAGGAUUUGUUAGGUGAAAUCCAUCAUCCUAACAUUUUCGCAUUUCUGAGAGCUAUUGGUAUUUUAUAUUGUAUAUAG